AUGGUGCCCGCAGACUAUUCUGAAUGGAGAAACGUAUCACUAAAGAAGAAGAAAACAAGAAGAUGUUGUAGUGUGAGAUGUCUGAAAGUUCCAAUGCAUAUGUUCACCUUCUUUUAUUGGGUAAGAAUUACACGUAUGUACAUAAGCAUACACGACGUAAUUCACCGUGAUUUGAGCACCAUUCUACGACAAUUGAUUGGAACCAUCUCAAGAAUGUCGAUAAGAAACUGCCCAUUUUAUUAACAAAAAUGCUAGAGUUAGUUAAGGAUCUCUUGAAUCUUAUUCCAAUUUAAAAAGCUACCCUGACGUGGGUAAUAUAUAGUAAUUGGUUAUGUUGUAUAUUUUCAUACCUGAUAAUACGGAACAACCAAUUAUUAUGUGACAUGUGAAUCAAUCGAAUGUUCUUCUUCUAAUGAUUUAUAACCAAGCAGGAGCAGGGUAGUAGGCUCCUGAGAAAAAAAAAAUUGUUAUUUAGUUUUAACCAAUUUUGGAAGACAACUAAUAAUAUUUCGGUUUUUCAUAUUUGUUAAUCAUUGGCACCCAGAGGUUAAGUGUAUUUUUCCAUUAUUUUCUGUUGUUUCAUCAAUGAAUCGCUUUUUCAUCAAACGGCCGACGCGUAACUCAUCUCCUUCUAGACAUUUUAAAGGUAUCAACAUAAAAAGAAAACAUAUAUACGAUAAUAAGAUAGAUGACUCGAAUCACGAAUGUUCUCCAUAAAUAUUUAAACAAUGUAAUCGGAUAGAAACAUAUCAAAGAUAGCUUAGCUAAUUCGAGUUUGAUCAUCUUAUUUUUCUGUGUGUUCUUGAAAAUCAAAACAUAUGAAAUGUAAAAUAGAACUGUGUUAUUUCUCACAGAUGCCAUGCUGUUGCGUGAUCGUAGUAUCGCUCUCACGUGCAACAUGAACAACAACAUGCCGCAACUAGAAACCUGUCACGAUCAAUUGUUGCAAAUGCUAUUUUCGUUCGUUGUCGGUUAUUAAUAAGUGACUUACUUAUUAAUUAAAUCAGGAAAGACGAAACCGGAAAACUUAUAUUGUUUUUCUGUCACGACUGUGAAGUGUUUUCUGGGGCAACAAACUCACCCUGUAUGUGAACCCACAACCGCCUUGAACAGUAAUUUUGGCCUCGGGUAGAAGUGGCACGCGUUAUACGCGAGUGGUGAAACCACUAGUCAAGAGCCGUCAGAUAGACACCUUUUGCAUGCCACACGCGGUUACGCCGCAAACUACAGCAUUUGCCUGCUAGUCCCGCCGGCCACGCAGGCUAGCUAGGGAGAGCAACGCAUAUAAUGAGUCUAAACAAAUAAUCUGUGAGAACUAGAGACACUUAAUUCGAUUGAUAAUUAGAUGACCUUUUGUGCCAUUUUCCCAACUUAGACACUCGACGAAUUUUGUAAUGAAACCGCCAUUCUUUGUGUUAUUGAACUGUUAGCGGUAUUGCCGAAAAGCGGAUAUUUAAUUAGCUUUUUAUGAUCUAGUUGUUGAAUAAUAAGAGUCAUUACACACUUAUACGAAACUCAAACAUAGUGUUUAUCCUCUUUUCAUCAUAAAUGGACCACCAAUCACGAGCCCAUGAAAAUAAUUAAGAGAGUGGUAUGGUAGCAUUGUUCUGUUGCAGUUGCGAACAAUUAUUGAUUGUGAUAGUUCAUUUGCGUGCAAAACGGUAUUUAUGCGGUAUUACGGGUUUCUGACAUAAUCGAUGUUCCCUUUAAUUUUCAGUUGACUCAACAACUGGCCCUUAGAUUCUUAGUCGAGAACUAGGGCGAUAUUUUCUCAAUACAAGUUAUGUAUUGAGCGCUUAUGAAUCAGCAUCAUUUUGAAGGGAAAACGCGAUAGCCAUCGUCAUUUUAUUACGGGUUUUAGUGAGAAUGGCGUGUAGUGGCGGAAACAAGUUUAUAAAUGUUAGAACUUUUAUCAUUUUCCGUUCGACAGAGGGCUUAAAUUCCUUCAAGAAAAAUAACCUUGCUAACUUUUCCGAUGGAAAAAAUGUUUCCUGGGUGUCCAUUUUUUGAGAACGCGCGAAAAAAAUUAAAAUUAAAUCUCGUCCUUGUUGUCUCCUUCGACGUCCUCGAACUGGCCAAAGGUUCCUAAAGGUACACUUAAAACUUGCAUAGCGUUUUUUAAUUAUCUACAUCUUGCUUUCACUGCAUACUCAGUUGCUAUUGGGAACGAUUCGGAAACAAUUCGAAUUUAUGAGCCUGUCGCAAUGUCGCAACGCAGCGAAACACAGCGCAAGCGCAAAAGAUACCUUUAGUGACCAAGAGCCUGUGGCCAAAUGUGAUUACACCUCAAGUAAUUAAGUCUUAGAGCAAAAGGUCCAUAUUACGUCUUUGAGAAACGGGUCUGCAGUAAAGUAGCAUUUUUUUUCAGCUAAGUGGAGUAGCGCUGGUGAUAAUAGGAGCCUGGACUCUACUAUUUGAAAGUGAAUACAAUGUGCUUUUGGGAAGUUCUUGGUUCCUUAUUAUCGUUGGACUUAUGAUUGGAACAGGAGGACUUAUCAUAAUUGUGUCAGUCUGUGGUUGCUAUGGAAUUGUCAAAGAGCACAGAUACUUCCUGACCUCAGUAAGUAGAGAAAAAUGUUUGCCCUAUGAUUAAUAUAUCACGUGACAUUGCUUUGAUCCAUCCCAUCAAUCCUUUCGCGCAUAAAAUGGCCUCACUUCGAAGGUGGUCUACAAUUACAAAUUAUGAUCUAUUUAUCCCUGUAAGCUUUCAUUCGAGCAAAUGAAGGCGAUCUGGAAUCACCAUGUGCGGCCCCAUCUGAUGAGGGUCAAACAGUGAUAGUUUUCAGUAAUCCUGUCCUUUGGGAUUAAAACGUUUAUAAGCUUCAUUUCUUUUAAUCGUUUUUAAAUUAUGUUGCAGUUUUUGAUCCUGCUAACGCUUAUCUUUUUCAUCGAAUGUGCAGUCGGAAUUGUGGCUUUUUUGCACAGAGAUCAGGUAAGGACUUGGCUCACACUUGCUCAUGCGCUGUUGUGUUCUGUUUGCUUAAACGACGGUUUCCAGUUUAAAAAUACAAUCAAAACUUCACAUGCGUUGUGAGGUCAUCUUCUUACUGUCUCAUGCAUGCGCAUAACCCAACUUCACGCGAACACCUUACCAGCAACAGCGCGGGGAAUUAAAGAAAAAACGUCUGAGAAGAGGCUGGGAGUGAAAAGAUUUCACUUUAUGUGCGUUUCUAAGGAUCUGAAGUGGAAGAUAGGGGGUAGGGGAGAGGAGAUAUUAGUUGGGGGGAGGGAGGAGAGGCUGCACUAUUGCUAUCCUGCGAAAACAGCCGUUUCUCCUCGCACCUCACCGCUGGGCACGUUUUGCAAGAAAGAACGUCUGCGACUCAGCGACAGAAAUCCCAUACUGAUGACGUAAAUCAAUGUUUACAUAAUAAAUCCUGGGAAUCAUGGGGUUCCAAAGGCAAAUUUGUUCAAUUUUACGAUUUUGGUAAAAAAUUGUGUUCAUCUGUGAACGAGCUCCAGCAAAACUCAAAUGCCUCUUCUACAGACGAAUAUUUUCCACAAAUAUUGACUUUUUUGUUAUGGAUUCCCCGCGUUUACAUUUGACCUUUGUGGCCUUUUGUCUUUUGUCGGUCAUUCGCAAAAAACAAUAACUAAAACAAUGUAACUACUCCGUCGUCCAAUCAGCGCUUAUGACCGGAUUCCGGACAGAUUUUACGUCAUCAGUAUGGAAUGUCUGUCGCUGGGUCGCAGACUUUCCUCCUCGCGAAACGUCCCCAGCGGCCAAAAGCGAGUGGAAACGGCUGUUUUCGCAGGCUAUUAUUGCAGAUAUCGUGGUUCAAUUUUAUCCUUGGUUUAAUUUAAUUUUGUUUUGUUUCAAACUCAUCCACACUAUGUCUCUCCGCGCCAGAAACAACCUCCCUAUUGUCCGCUGUUAUGGUCGCCAGUUUUACUCUGAGAUACGAAGACCGUUUAAUUUGUUUUGUUCAUGACACCAAAUAGGAACGUUUCCGAUGGAAAACGUAAUAGUGUGGGCACGGCCAAGGAGGAGGCGUUUUAUGUGUAAGAAUAAUCAAAAGGCUGGAAUUAUCUGGAAGCCGACAGGCCGAAUUACUCGGUUUGCCCAAUAAGUAAACAAAAUGUUAUAUUCCGUUCUCUUCAAUUGUAUUCUUUUCAAAACUAGAUUGAGGAAGAACUGGAUAAAACGGCAUUGACCAGAAUGAAUGAAUAUGGUUCAUCAGAUGACGUCACCAAAUCCUUUGACAGUUUACACCAAAAUGUAAGUCCAGAAAAUCAUGACCUGCGAGGUGUUAACUUAGGAUGGAUCGGGUGAGUGACCUAGUGAACGUCUCUCCAUGGUACGAGGGGGGAGGAAAGGGGUUUUCUCUGUGGUUUAAUGUUAUGGCGAGACAAAAUUUCUUGAAGACAUACUGUGUUGAGCUUUACAUAAUGGGAACAAUGGCGUAAUUCGAAAUAGCCACUAAUCUUGCUGCCAGAUAAGCCCUCUCUAAUAGCUUGGAACCGAAGCAUUUUUGUGCCUAAAGGGAAGGUCUAAAAUAUGCUAUUAAGAGAAAAUUAAUGCUUAAGUGCUGUUUUGCGUACGAAAAAGUGUUUGAAAAAAAAAACACAUGUUUUCGAAAGGUGGGUCAAAUUCAUGUUAUCAAGACAGUAUAAAGGGGGUAUCAUUUCCAUGUCCAUAGCAACCGAAGGUCGUCAGAAGAAAGGUUCUGACUCGAAAUCGUUAAAACAAAUCAUAAGUAGGUUGAGUAUGAUCGUCCGAGUCCUGGUGAACGUAGUCCUGAAUAGGACUGUUGUUGUUGACAGUGACUGACGUUUCGACAACCUGUGCAGUAGAAAACGUACUCACUGUCAACAACAACAGUCUUAUUCACGACUACGUUCAUCUGGACCAUCAUACGCAACCUACCGGUAAUUAUGAAAUGACUCCUCGGUUUAAACCUUUCACAAAAAAAAAAUCAAUUGAAAAAGCAAUCUUGGGUAUUGCUUCAACCCCACCCCUUAGACGACCAAGGGCUGAGGAAUGUAAAAUUCUAGCCUCCCCUUUGUCCUCCGUUAAUUUUCGGUUCGCUUGAAGUCCAUUCGUAUUCUCAUACAUGCCUUGUUCAUAUGGGAGCAAUUUUCUCUUAUAGCAUGUUGUGUCCUGUUAAUGUUCUUCUUGUAGCUGAAAUGCUGCGGUGGUUUUUCAUAUGCAUCUUGGAACACCACUUCGUGGAAACAGAUGCCAGAAAAUGAGAAUUUGUCUGUUCCUAACUCGUGCUGCAAGACGAUAACACCAGCAUGUGGGAGGAGAGAUCACCCAUCCAACAUUUACCGCAAGGUUAGGCUUUGUCGUUACAAUAGAGCUAUUCUUGGGUUGCAAGUGACGUCACCAAAAAUCAAACUAGGAAACUAUCGAUUCUUCUGAAACAGAUGCCAGUAUCUAAAAUGUACAUAAACAAAUUUUUGGUUCCAAAGGGUUCUGUUUUCUUGAAACUCGGCAUUUGCUGCGGGAAAGACGAAAACACCAGCGAUUUUGGGGAGGCAAUCUAAAGAUUCCUUGAUCAGAAGACCCAUCCAACUUUUUACCGCGAAGAAAGGUUAGGAAAACUCGAAAACAGAUGUUUCUGUUAGUAUCCGGCGGCCAUAUUUUGUUCCUGAAAGGGACACCAACACAGCUAUUUGAAAUAAUAAAUGAUAAACCGUUUUCCCAAUAUCUCGAUUUGAAAUGAUGAUGAUGAUUCAUCAUUUUCAUAUUUCAUCAUCAUUCUAGUCCUUCUGUAUUGAAUGGUUAACAUUUUUACGGGACAAAUUUGAAACAAAAUGAUGAUUCUUCAUCAUAAUUAAAGUAAACGGUUUUAGCUAAACUAAAGAUUUUUUCACUAAUUAAAGUAAACGGUUUUAGCUAUCUCUUUGUAGUCCUUUUCAAGAGAUCUCUUCUAUUUUGUCGUCUAACGUGACCAAGACGUUAAAAACCAAAACGUAAAAUCCGAAAACGGAUUUCAUCGCUGAGGUAUAUGCUUUUGGAUUUCCUUUUAACCGUUCGAUUAAGGAAAUCCGAAAAAGGAUUUGAAAAACUGUCCUAAAGAACAGCGGUCUUACACGCGCACGCAUAAUUAGCAAAAAGAAGACCGCUGUUCACAAGAAUAGUUUUGCAAAUCCUUUUGCGGAUUUCCCAGUCGAACGGUAAAAAAAGAAAUCCACGAAAUCCGGAUUUGGAUUUCUUGGUUGAAAUCCACCCUGAAGCAUUCGAUUGCAAAAUCCGAAAUCCGGAUUUCCCAAUCGAACGCAACCCUGGUUUCUGUGAAAAUGACCACCUAUCCCUCCCUUAAGUUAACAUUAAAACUUACUUAACACUUAAAGCAAAUGUUGGCUUGGGGAGGGGCAGGUGGGCAGUUUCCCAAAAACGUUUUUUCUUUGUCCUAGAUAACAUAUAAUAACGGGCUUUCUUUAUUACCUAAUAAUAGUAACCAGAAGGUCAUCGGUUCGGCUCUGUCGGGAGUUCUCGGAUUUUUUCCUCCGAGCCGCCUGUGUCACUGACUGAUUAAACUUUUAUUAUUCACCUGGCUGAAAAUUCACCAUCACAUUUCUAUCAUUACUUAAUAAUGCAUUCAUAUUUUGUUCUGCAGGGAUGCAUUUCACAGCUAAGCGAGUAUUUCCGCAGAAAUGUGUUUAUUUUGGGAUUGAUAGCAAUACUUCUAAGCGCUUUUCAAGUAAGUAAAAAACUGAAAACUUCAUCGAAAAGCUUUCAGAUCAACGCAUGACAAUAUGGCUGUGGAUAAAUAAUUAUUGCGUCUGAAGGGCGCAGCCCUAAUCGCGUUUUUUAUAUAACUGUUUUGUUUCCGGCGCACCACUUUGGCUGUUCCAGGCGUUUCUUUUCGAGAGUGUUUUCUUGACUGGGAACUGACAUCUAAUUUAUGCUUCGCUUUGAAGUUCGCCACACUACUUCCCUGUAAGGCCAUAGAUAGUAGUAAUCUUUUAAGAGGAUUUGAGUUAAUUAAGUUCUUUUUUUUCACUUAUAACACAAAAAUAGACACCCAGGAAAGCUUCAUAUUUUUUACUUAUUACUUCAUUAAAAUAGUUUACCCAGCAAUUUUGUUGAAGGAGGUUAAGCCCUCUCCCGAUCAGAAAAUGAUAACUUCUGGCAUUUUAUAACUUGUUCCGUUACCAUGACAUUUUUGCCAAACCCCGUAGUAGAAUAACGACGGAUAUCACGUUUUCCCGCCAAAAUAAAGCUCGGUUACGUACGCACACUAAUAAAUAUUGAGAUAAUAAUCAUUGUUCUCGUAGUCGUUCCCUUCCUAGAAUCCGCAAUGUCUUUACGAUCUAAACAUGGUCGGACGCAGUAGACUACGUUUAACCCCCGUUUAUUUUUCUCCCUCAGGGAUAGUAACUCGAAAUACGAGAGCGCGCGUGAAAAUCGCCAGCAGGAUGGAAAGUGACACGCCCAGGGAAGAGAGAAAUCUCUGACUCGUUACUCUGCGCCCCUGUUCUCUUCGCGCGUGGUGAUCUUCACGCGCGCUCACACAUUUCGCUCGCUCAACAAUUCCUGGACAAAUUGAAGGCCUAUUUGUUGUCACCAAUGGUCAUUUGAGGAGCGUUUCCGUUGUACUCACGUUUUUUUUCUUUCCUCAUAGCUGCUAGGAAUCAUUCUUUCCUCAUUUAUGGUGAAGUUAGUGAAGUACUACUGAGUGCAUCCUAAGUCCCUUUAUAACUCAGUGUUCCUGAUAAUGAACAGCUUCUUGAGAGUUGGCGAACGUUUCCAAGACAGAUACAAUAUCAAGCUACAAUAUGUUUAAUCUUGUACCUAUCUUACGCAUACAAUGUUUGCUUUAAAUUUUGGCAGGUACUAUUCUUUGCGCGUUGCUAAGCGAUACCGUUCAUGGAAAAAUUAAGUCUCGUUUUCUCCGAAAGAGUCAAAAUCCAGAUAUAAUGAUAUCGGGAUUUAUAAACGGACUCUGCCUUAAAUCAAGUAAUUUUUAGAAUCCUUAUUAGGCAUGUUUUAUUAUAACUAAACCAGGAUGAACUAGCGCAAAGCCCCCCUCCUAAAGAAUUCUCGCUUUUUCUCAAAGCGUCUUCAAGUGCCUGUUCAUUAACCCUUUAAACCCUAAGAUCAAAAGUUGACUUCUCAUUUGUUGCCCAUAUUCAUUUCCUACAGAAAUAGUAGGGAGAAAUUGAUAAAAUAUCAAGCAAAUUCAUCUUGUGUGAUCAUGUCCGUAAUUCUCAUAACCACUCUUUUUUACAAAGCAUUGAGAUUACAAGGAGAAAUUUAAUGCUGAUCACUCUCUUAAAGGGUUAAAGUACCUGCAGUCAACUCUCUCCCUCAGACGAACACCCUCGGGAACUGCCCCGACUGUCCGUCCCAUGGAGGUGUUCGGCUUAUAGAGAGUCAAGGUAACGUGACACUCUUUAAACACCUGUCAUGCCCCCUUAACCAUAUAUAACCUACAGUCUCUUUACCUUAGUGCCACUCGGUUGCUCUAGUUAUGAGAUAAAACGCUUUAAGUUACAAUUUAGUCAACUCAUUUGGAAGCAAAAAUUCGACUUUUUCCUUUAGCCGAAAACAUGACAACCAUAUAAAAGAGUAUCCAAUACCAGAACACAAACUACUUACUUAACGAUACACUCUCCCUCUAUCAUGGUUACAUACUUAUUUUUGUGGAAUUUACGUUAGCAAAACUAAAGUAUUGCGAAAUUUUAAAAAUUUCUCCUGACACAAGGACGAAACUAUAAAACCCUUCCUCAAUUUACCGCCAUUAUCAACACUUUUUUACGGUUGUUUGAUUACAAACAGAAACUGUAAAUAGUAAGAUGACAUUAUACAUAAUAAAAUGUUUAUAUAUCAAAGUAUGGAUGAUGGUUUACCUUUUACCAGUGGCGGAUUCUGAUGUUUAAGUAAGCGCACCCUUUCCCCGCCUUUCUGAGAUAAGACGGGGGCCGGUUUCAAAUCCAUUUUUCUUGGCCCUUUGCGGGUCUCAGUUUGGUCUCAAAAUAAGGUGGGGCCCUGAGCCCUUGAUCCACCACUGUUUACCACCACCCCCCUCCCCCCGUAAAUGAAUACUUUACGAGUUUCCUAUUCAAUAUAUAGUUAACAUCUUUAGAAUCGCUAAGCCCUGGACAGCAACAAAGAGUAUCUUGGUUAACCAAAUGGAAUUGCUUGCAUUACACAUGUGUUGGUUGCAGCAGACUAUCUGGCAAUUCCAGCUUAUUUCUUCGCAUUGUUCUGUAGAGCAACCCUCUGGUAGGGAGCAAUACCUUGCAUAAAGAGGACGAACACGACCUGCCUUUGUUCCAUUCGUCGUGUCCCACAUGUGCGCUGUUAAUUUAAGGCAGAGGUGAUCGUUUGGACAAGCUACUUGCACGCUUGACUUGUCACAGUCAUCCCAAGAACUUUCCGACUUACACUUGAAGCAGUACAACUUUUUUGCACUUACUGAAAGAUAAAAAUACAUGAAGUGCAUAUUAUUCAGCCAAUUCGUAGCGUGUUCUUGCCCCAGUAGUCUGCUAUACAGCCGUUUUUAGUGUCAUCACGCAACGCUCCUCCCACUAAGGAGCGUUGCGUGACGACACUAAAAACGGCUGUACAGCAGACUACUGCCCCAGGGGUUGGCGGGUGGGUACAUUUUUUAAAAUUCGGAACUAACUUAUACGAAGGCAACAACUACGAGUAGCAUUACCAAAUGAAACAUACUAUGGACUGUAAGGCAAGUGGAAAGAUAUAUGAAGGCAUUUUCCUCUCGUAAGUACGUGUGUGUGACUGAGGAGACUUAACAAGUUCCAAGCUUGGCCAUAGGCUCGCCCUGGUAAUCUAUUUUGAACGGUUACCCAUUGCCUAAUUUCAAAUCGAGAGGGGCUGGGUACACGUCGGUUUAAUAUGGGGUAAAGAACAAGAGACCCACAUAGUCAGAAAGAGCACAUUAGGGUUAUGAAAAAUCUGAAGUUUGGUGUCGAUCGGGCCAGUAUUGAACAAGAUACAGCUAAUUAUAAACUUGAAAAUUUAUAAGAGGCGUAGUUUUUGAAUGGCUGUAUCUCGUUCAAUAUAGGCCCGAUAAACACCAAACUUGAGAAUGUUGCUAAUUUCAAUACGCUCUUUCUGACUAUUUGGGUCUCGUGUUGUUUAUCCCAUAAUAAACCGACUCAUACCCAGCCCCUCUCGAUUUGAAAAUAAGCAAUGGCGUUACUACCUUCAUUCGUUCAUUCGCGAUCAAAAAAAUACCAGCUUAUUUCGAAAACCCUAAUUUCAAGCAUGGAGCGUUAAAUUCCGGUACUAAGGUAAGAGGUACAUUGGAACUUUAAGUUACAAAAUAUUUACAAAUGAUUUACUGUAGCUGUUGUCAGCGAUUUACAUCAUAUGUUAAAGACUGUAACUCGAAAACGUCGCGUUUCACCACUUUAGGCGCCAAGCAUUUCCAACAUUAAUACUCUGAUAUCGCUAAAAUUAGCAAAAAGAUUCAACAUGGUGAUACUUAAAAAAUUUGCACACAAUGUACCCUAGAAACAUCGAAGAGAAAUGCAAAUAAAAUUGUCGCCUUUUUCAGUUCGAGAGAAAGAGGGCAAUAUCGUUUUCAUCGACUGCUUUGUUGGCUAUUUUAGGCCGUGACGUUUUGUUGAAAUCUAGUGGAGGUUCCUCGACAUCUCCGAGACUCUUCGGCAAUGGAUUUGUCGGCAAAAAUACUUCCAUUAUCAUCGCUGGAAUCACUUUCACAUUCCUCCACUGUCUCGAGUUCCAAAGGAAAACUGGUAAGAGAAUCGGAAUUCUUAAUCUGCCGGGACAAUUUCCGACGGCUACUUCG